CCAAAGAAGAGAAAAAGAAAUUAAAAGAAUGUUGAAGCCUCAGCUUCAUCAAACAUCACAACCUACAAAAACCCUAAUCCCAUGGAGUACUACUAAUUCAUUCACUUCAGGAGAAAUCUUAGCCUCUUUUCCUAUCAAUAUUUUAAGUAAAAACCUUAGACAAAAGCACAAGAAGAAGAAUUUUAGGGUUCAUUAUUAUGCUGCAAAUAACACUAAAGCAGUGCUUACUUCUACUGAGAAAUCAAGUGGUGUAAAAGCAGUGGUGACUGUACAAAAAACAGUUGAAGGUACUAACUUAGGUUUAUCAAGAGGGCUUGAUGAUAUUGGUGAUUUGCUUGGUAAAACUCUCGUUUUGUGGAUUGUUGCUGCUGAGCUUGAUCCUAAAACUGGAAUAGAGAAACCCAGCAUUAAGACGUUUGCACAUCGUGGACGAGAUGUGGAUGGUGACACACAUUAUGAGGCUGAUUUUGUAAUUCCUGAAGCCUUUGGGGAGGUUGGAGCAAUUUUAGUAGAAAAUGAGCACCACAAGGAAAUGUAUGUCAAGAAUAUAGUAAUUGAUGGCUUCCCCCAUGGCAUGGUUCAUAUUACUUGCAAUUCUUGGGUUCACUCCAAAUUUGAUAAUCCUGAGAAAAGGAUUUUCUUCACCAACAAGUCAUAUCUACCAUCUCAAACACCAAGUGCAAUUAAGAGAUUAAGAGAAAGAGAACUUGUAAUAAUGAGAGGUGAUGGAUUUGGAGAACGUAAACAAUUCGAGAGAGUAUAUGAUUAUGAUGUAUACAAUGAUAUUGGAGAUCCUGAUGCUAGUGAUGAUGCUAAAAGACGGGUAAUAGGUGGCAAAGAAUUACCUUAUCCUAGAAGAUGCAGAACUGGUCGCCCAAGGAGCAAGAAAGAUCCAUUAUCUGAAUCAAGGAGUGCCUUUGUAUAUGUACCAAGAGAUGAAGCAUUCUCAGAAGUGAAGAGCUUAACAUUCUCAGGCAACACACUUUACUCCGUUCUGCACGCGGUGGUACCGGCGUUGGAGUCCGUCGCCAUCGAUCCGGACGUCGGAUUUCCACAUUUUCCGGCCAUUGACUCACUGUUCAACGUCGGAGUCAGACUUCCACCCCUUAACGAUAAAAGUACCAUGUUGAAUAUCAUACCAAGGCUCAUUAAGGCCAUUUCUGAUACCCAAAAAGAUGUCUUGCUCUUUGAAACCCCUGAAUUGCUUCAAAGGGACAAAUUUUCUUGGUUUAAUGAUGUGGAGUUUGCUCGUCAAACCUUAGCUGGUCUCAACCCGUGCAGUAUACGCUUGGUUACGGAAUGGCCAUUGAAGAGCAAGUUAGACCCUGAGAUCUAUGGACCUCCUGAAUCAGCAAUCACAAAAGAGCUAAUUGAACAAGAAAUUGGAGGACUCAUGACUGUUGAAGAGGCAGUUGAACAAAAGAAGCUGUUUAUCCUAGAUUAUCAUGAUUUGCUGUUACCAUAUGUUAACAAAGUGAAUGAACUCAAAGGAAGAGUGGUAUAUGGAUCAAGAACUCUAUUUUUCUUGACACCAGAUGGCACAUUGAGACCUUUGGCCAUUGAGUUAACAAGGCCACCAGUAUAUGAUAAACCUCAAUGGAAACAAGUAUAUUGCCCUACUUGGCAUGCCACUGGUUCUUGGCUUUGGAAAUUAGCUAAAGCUCAUGUUCUUGCUCAAGACUCUGGCUAUCACCAGCUGGUUAGUCACUGGCUAAGAACUCAUUGUGCUACAGAGCCAUACAUCAUAGCAACAAAUAGGCAACUUAGCGCAAUGCACCCGAUAUACAGAUUACUGCAUCCUCAUUUCAGAUACACAAUGGAAAUAAAUGCCUUAGCUAGAGAAGCUCUUAUUAAUGCCAAUGGAAUUAUUGAGAGUUCAUUUUUCCCUGGCAAAUACGCCGUGGAGUUAAGCUCUGUUGCUUAUGGUCUUGAAUGGCGAUUUGACCGACAGGCACUCCCAGAAGACCUCAUUAGCAGGGGAAUGGCUGUGAAAGAUUCAGAUGCACCAUAUGGUUUGAAACUAACAAUAGAAGACUACCCUUUUGCAAAUGAUGGUUUAGUACUAUGGGAUACCCUUAAACAAUGGGUAACAGACUAUGUCAACCAUUACUAUACAGAAACCGAACUCAUAGAAUCCGAUACAGAACUCCAAACUUGGUGGACAGAGAUAAAAGAUGUUGGACAUGGUGACAAGAAAGACGAGCCGUGGUGGCCAGAACUAAACACCCCAGAUGACUUAAUUGGAAUUAUCACAACAAUAAUUUGGGUAACUUCUGGACACCAUGCAGCAGUAAACUUUGGCCAAUACAGCUAUGCAGGCUACUUUCCAAAUAGGCCAACAACUGCUAGAGCAAAAAUGCCAACUGAGGAUCCAACUGAUGAAGAAUGGGAGAGUUUCUUGAAAAGACCAGGGGAUGCACUAUUAAAAUGCUUCCCAUCACAAAUGCAGGCAACAAAAGUCAUGGCAAUUUUGGAUGUUUUAUCUAAUCAUUCUCCAGAUGAAGAAUAUCUUGGAGAAAAAAUAGAACCUUACUGGGCUGAGAAUCCUGUGAUUAAUGCGGCGUUCGAAAUUUUUUCUGGAAGAUUGAAAGAGCUUGAAGGGAUUAUUGAUGGUAGAAAUGCUGAUAGCAAUUUGAUGAACAGAAAUGGAGCUGGAGUUAUGCCUUAUGAACUGUUGAAACCAUUUUCUGGACCUGGUGUUACUGGAAAAGGUGUUCCUUAUAGCAUUUCCAUUUGAUUUUCAAGACAUGAAUUUUGUAAUAAGAUGCAAGUGAAAUAACAAUAAUGCAAGCCAAAUGUGCUGUUUUUAGUUUCUUUUGUAAAUGUUCAUUGAAUCAAUAUCAGUUCCUACUGGUACUUCUA